AUGCGAGACCUCGACCGGUUGAUUCCUUUUGAGACAGUCUCAGAUUGGGCCAAAGUAGGGUUAAUUCCUUUUGAGACAGUCUCAGAUUGGGCCAAAGGUCAAUUCCUUUUGAGACAGUCUCAGAUUAGGCCAAAGGUUGAUUCCUCUUGCGACAGUCUCAGAAUGACUGUGAAAAGCCCUGAGAACAGUUCUGACAGCCCUGAGAUCCCUCAGUCACGAGUGGUAACACGCACCUGGGCUUAUAUGAAUUUCAAUAGUACAUGGAUUACAAAAUCAAAUAGGAUUUACACGGCUGAACGUACAGGGUUCAUUCCUUUUGAGACAGUCUCAGAAUGGGCCGAAGUAGGUGCCUGA